GACAACAGCCAGAUAUCGUUUUUCAGUGAUUAGUGACCCGAGUUCAAUGGGAAAAAUUAAUAAGAUUUUUCCAUAUUAAUUAAAUCUCAAAUUAAUCAAAAUUUGUUGAUCAUCAAUAUCAAAUUGUUUAAUUAUGUAAUAGAAAAGUUCAAAUCUGUUCAAGUUUGCCCUUGAGAAAAGAAAACAAGCGUGUAAUUUAUAUUUUAGCAGUAUUUGCGUCUGCGAAUGAAAAGUGUGAGGCAACAUAAAAAAAUAGAAAAAAAAAAAAUAAAUUUGUACAAUGUCAACAAUGGCCGACGAAAGCGAGCUGGACCCGCGAAUAAAGAUUGAGUUGGAAAAUCUUAAUACGGCCACGGAUGAAAUCAACAAAUUGGAAAUAGAAUUAGAGGAGGCCAAUUCCACUUUCCGAAUAUUGUUGAAUGAGUCUACACGUCGUCUAAAACUAUCUUCGAAAAAGUUGGGGAGCUGCAUUGAUAAAGCUAGGCCAUAUUAUGAAGCCCUGGAUAAGGCGAAAGCUGCACAAAUUGAAUGUCAAAAAGCCGCAGUCAAAUUUCAAAGAGCUAAUGAAAUUCACGCUGCCGCAAAGGAAACCGUUGCUCUGGCUGAACAGCGAUUUAUGUCAAAUUCACACGAAUGGCAAUUCGAUAAUGCUUGGCAGGAGAUGCUGAACCACGCCACUCAAAAGGUUAUGGAUGCUGAAAAACAAAAGGCUGAAUGUCAUGCCGAGCAUCAAACACGUACAAAAAUAUUCCAUUUGGCUGAACAGAAAGUCCAGCAGCUGGAAGAACGCUUUCGUCGCAGUAUUGCAAAAUCCCGACCCUAUUUUGAGGAGAAACAAAUUUGUCAGGAUCAACUACAAACUCAAAAAAAUCGCAUUGAAGAACUGCAGGCACAAGUACAAGCAGCAAAGAAUACAUAUGCGACAGCCCUACGUAACUUGGAACGUAUUAGCGACGACAUUCAUCGCCAACGAGGAGAUUAUCCACAAUUACUGAAUACACCCCCGCCAGGUCCUAGGGAACCAGGUGUAGGGGCAGAACUGAACUCGCCAACUACCACGCAAUUGCCUCCUUUACCCGAUUUCCAUAAAGAGCUGGACAACUGCGGUUAUCCUUCUCUGGGCGACAGCCAGUCUUCUUUGGGAGCCCAUUCUCAGAGAUCUGAAAAUGUUCCUUGUUCCAGUAAGAAGUCUUGUCAUAAUGUUGGUCCAACAGCUCAUGUGUCUCUGGCCACAUUGGCUUCAAUGGAGGAUUCAGAUUUAGAUGAAGACGAAGAUGUUGUCAUAAAAUCGCAGGAAAUGGACGAUCAAGAGACCGAACAAGAACCCUCAACACAGGUGGUCGACGAGAAGGACUUGGAAAUACUGAGACAAAAAGUUAAAUUUUUAGCAGUUCGCCCAAUUGAGGGUGGAGAUGGUCAGCAGGAACAAAAUGAUAUCUGGGAAAAUGAAUUGAAUGCUACAGUGGACAAGUUGGAUCAUUUGUUGCUAUUGAAAGAAUGCGCUAAAAAUCAGGCGGAACUACACAAGCACAACAUUCAAAACACCCCAAAUAAUUCAAUGCGACCAGACUCUUUGGGCGCUGAGGCUCCAGUUACGCCAAAGCCUCUUAUUCAAAUCUCUGAAGCAUGCGUUAAUAGUUUGCCAACUACUCCGGAACAUAUGGUCAAGCCUUUGAAAAAACUACACAAACUCGAACCAUUGCCACUGGCAAACGUUUCCAUGAGAGAGCUGCCACUGCUGUCCCGUCUCUCGAACGAGGUUCUUAAUCAAAGCGGUGGGUACAAUAACAAGCAACGUAGACGAUCCUUGGAUUAAUUUAUGAGUUCUAUUGUGGCUACAAAUGUAAAUUCACAAAAUAGUCUUAAGCCUACAAGAUAGUUAUCAGUAUAUCUGCAGCAUUACCGAUCAAUUUUAAAAGUAGUUAUGGCGUUAAAUGCAUUAUAAUCGUUUCUUUUUUACUUCAAUUGUUAUGUGAUAAUUUUUUCGAAAUGGCAAUGAGCAUAUAUUGAGAACAGUUCUGUAACAACUUUAAAUCUCUAAGUUCAGUAAAUCUUGACACUAUUGUAAUUAUUUUAAGAGGGAUUCAAAAUACACAUGUCAAAAAUAGCAGUAUUGCAGCUUUAAUUUAACGGAAUUUUUGAGUAAUAAAUAUUAGUAAAAAAUCCA